CAUCCAGCGCCUUUGUUCUUUCCAUGUACCCUUUCUACGUGACUUGUUUCCCUAUUAGAUCAAUAUUAGCUAAGCAGCUAUACUUGCAAUCAUAUAGGUUGAUUACAGUUUGACCCAUGUUGAACCCACAUUGUGACUCUGCUGUCUAAAUUUUCCAUGACAAAGGGUCUAAAUGGCCACCCACUUGAGACCCUCCUAUCUCUCAAUAAACCUUUCUUAUUCUUAACCUCUACUGUUCCUUGAAAUUAAUUCUUCAAUUUUGGGGACACAAACUCAGGACAUCUGAUAUCUAACAGGUUGGGAGUUCUAUUUUUCCUAUAUCCCCACAACCUCUGUUGUUUUCCCUUGAGACCAGGUCUUUCUGUGUAGACCAGGUUGGCCUGGAACUCACAAUCCUCCCUCCUCAGCCUCCCAAGUUGUGAAAUCAUAGGUGUGUGGCCCUGUGUCUGCAUCUCUACUACUUCCUCCAUAAGGUUUCACUUUGGAAGGCCUCUGUCUCCCAGGUUAGUCCUGCUUUUCUCUCCAUGGCUCCAUGAAGUCCCCAUCUACAUCCUCUCAUGACAUUGUUUGUGAAUUCUGCUACACUUACACCCUAUCCUGUAAAAGUCCCUUGAUUGGUAGCUCUUCAAAGAAACUCUAAAUUUGCCAGGACAUAGAUUGUCUUAGACUCCACAACAAAAGGAAGCCAUGCUUCUGCCAACAGAAGAAAUAGUCUUUAUCCUGCAUCUCUGGGCACAGACUGAUUUGGAAACAUGAGGAUAGAUACUGCAGUCUUCUAACCCUUUUUCCUCUCUCCCAUCUUCCAUUAUAACUGGGUUCUGAUGUUGCUGUGGUAACCAACAGUCAUAGAAUACACUCUUAUGUGUUCUCUUGGCCACAGAGACUCAAAACCCUGAAGCAUUUCUCAGUUCACCUGUUUAGGACUGAAGACUUUUAGAGAUUAUCUAUCAGAUACUCAAACUUUGAAGGAUUUCUCACAUCUCCUUGUCAGGACUCAAGAUUGAGAGCUUAUCUUUCAGCCUCAGGACUUGACAGAGACAGAAUACAACUAUAAUUUCAUGGCAACCCCAAACCCCAGCAGUGACUGCUCAGACUCAGAGCAGCCCCAUUUGAAAGUAAAUUCCACAGAGAGCUUCCCAGGGGGUGAUCUCCCUGCUUCCCACCCCUUUCACCAAGAGACCAAAACCUCCUUCAGAGGUUACAUCUGUCGCCAGGAGACGACAACCUUCUAUGAAGGAUGUGUUGUGGGUUCUUCAGUCAACAACCUCCCCACUGUGGAAGAACCAGAGGACACACAAAGUCUAGGAAGAUGCAAGGACCACAACUCUCACACUGAGGACAACCCCAACUUGGUGUGUGCACCAAAUACUGGCGUUGAAGAGGAUGAGGACACAGACUCAGGCAGCAAAGGAGCAGGAGCUGAUCAAAUUGUUACUGACAACGACCAGCAGAUAAACAAGAAUUCAACAUUCAGAGGGCAACGGAUUGACCACGUGGAUGGCUCGCCAGUAAUUCAGCUUGUCAGUCCUAAACUCACCCAGGAACAAGCAGCAGAAGAGAGGAACAAGGAGGAGAGAAAGGAGAAAAGCAAAAGCAGUGAGGAUGAGGAUAAGGAAGCUGAUAAACAAAUUGAAAAUGGUGAAAACCAAGAUGAAGGCAUGCUAAUGGGAUCAACUGAACAAGAAAAAAAGGACAUGGAGAUCAAGAACAACAAAGACAUGGAGAGUAAUAAAAAAGAGUAUGUGGAGCUUUAUGCACAAAUCCAGGUGUAUGAAAGAUCUGAUGACACCAGGCUACCUGAUUCCAAUGAGGACAAUGGAAAAGAGAACAGUGAGAGCCACAAGGAGAAGGAAGAAAUACAAAUCAAUGAAGAACCUCAGGAUGCUGAUAAACAAAGCCAUGGCUAUGACAAAGACAAUGCCCUCCAGCUCCAAGAUCCACCCGAGGAAAACUUCCAGCUGGGCAGCAGAUCCCCUCCUCAUCCAGCUCAGGUCCUGUGUGAAGAACAGUGUACAUGUGAGGACCUGCCUGCCUGUAAACCACCAGAAAAUACAGAAGUCACCCAAGUCCCAGAGAUGCCAGCGAUGCUCCCAAAAGAUGAACCAGCUGAGAUGCUGAAGACCAGCACUGAGGGGUCCUCCUCGGUCUCCUCUGUGGAGGCAGAGGAGGACGACACUGGAUCUGACACACAAACCACAACCUAUGUGAACUGGAGGCAGGCCUUUCACUCGCUCUGGAAAAGAGUCCUCGCAUGUCUGGGGAGGAGAGUGAUGGUCAGCAGCCCACCAUCAACCCCAACCGAGAAAAGUCUUCCCACCUCCAAGGAAACCCAACCUGAAUAAACCCUCAGUGAUUAGCACAACUCAGUGCACUAAGCACACUAAGCAGUGUAAUGGCCUCACUUCUAUAGUUUUACAGUUUUAUUGUUUUUAAUAAGAGGAAGGUUCUUGUUCUCUGUGUCUGCUUCCUCCAGCACAUCUUCUCUAUGCAGGUUGAAAGGAGCCAGGCUGUGCAGAGGACUGAAAUGCAUUCUCAGCAACUUGCAGGUAGCAUGGUGCUUCCUGAAGAGAAAGUGUGCUGCUUCUCUCCCUUCUCUCCUGCUGCCCAGGUUUUCUUCAAUCUUGACUUUAUCCAUUUCAGGGAUUUCAUCCUGUUCUGUCACUAACUCACGUCUCCAGGUUUACAAAACAGCAGCACAACCAAGGUGGCAUGCUUUGGGGUGAUCUUCCAGGGCCUGAGCAAGCAGCAGUGCAGAUCCAGUCACUGAGGAGGGCGACUCCAGUUGACAGUGUUUGGGGCGUGCAGAAAGCAAUUGUCAUGGUCCUGGGGCACCAGGCUGCUUCUGGCAUCUUGGUGACUCCUA